GGGAAAAAGAUUUAAUCCGUAUCGACCUGCUAUGUUUCGUGGUGAAAAAUGGCUUCAGAUUAAAUUAAAAGAUACAUUUUCAUUUCUUUGUAAUGAAAAAUACGAAGAUUUGAUUCAAAAACACAUUUGGACAUUAUGUAAAUCAGGUAAUACAAUGUAUAUAAAGGGUGAUGGUAAAUAUUUUCAUAGGCAUAUUUAUCCAAAUUGGGAAAGAGAUAUCGAUCACUUUGAUGGAAAUGGUUUAAAUAAUACUUUGUGUAAUUUAAGACCUGUAAGUCAUAAAGAAAAUUUGAAAAAUCCCUGA